GCCAGUGUUUUUGCACUGCUCUGUGUGGCGAGUACAUUUGUGAACCGCCGACAAGACUGAUUUAUUUAAAUAGAAAGAAAUGUGCUGCUAAAGCUCCAUCAGCCUUAGUUGUAUUUCAUCAGACUCAGCUGUAGUUGAGGCCGAAAAAGAAAAAGAAAAAAACCCCGGAAUUUACUCUUAUGUAGAAAAUUUUCCGUACUGUUCACGAUGAAGGCAGUGAGUAGAGAGAGAAAUUUCUCAGAAAAGAAAUUGCUGCCGGCUCACAGCACACGUAGUCUCUCUACUUCUUCUUUUAGAACAGUUUGCAGAAUGACUCCCUUUGUACUUGUCUGUGCUGUUUCUCUGCUCCAUUUAUGCGACGCACAAGGGUCCAGCGAUGUGACGCCAGUGUUUGUGCUGCAAGGAAAGGAUGUGAUUCUUGAGGUCAAGGAAGCUCAACUCAACACACAUACAGAUGUUUUCUGGAAAUUUAAUAAAAGUUACAAUAUAGUAAAAUUUGCUCGUUCUGGUGAACCAUUCAUCUUUAAGAGGUAUCAGGGAAAGGUUACGCUUCUUGUCAAAAAUCACUCUUUGCUACUAAGGAACCUAAACGAGAGUGACAGUGGAUAUUAUACUGCAGUAUUGACUGGUGAACAAGACCAAAUGGCAGCUGAAUACAAGGUCAUUGUCCAAGAGCAAGUGUCACCAGUUGAUUUGACAGUGAAGUCCAGUAGCCCAGACUCCUGUAACUUCACUGUGGACUGCAGAAUAAAGAGCUCCAACAUUAGCAAGACUUUUAGCUGCGUCAACCAGUCCUGCGCUCCGGAGGAAGGAGAGGAAGCCACAGCCUAUGAUUCCUCUAUUAAUGUGUACCUGCGACCAGGCUUCAUCUUCUGUAACCACAGCAACCACGUGAGCUGGGAAACAGACGAGGAAAAGAAUCAUUUUUUCUGUGGGUCACUGCCAGUUUCUAAUGAAGCCACCAUAAUUGCGCUUGGGAUUACCGCUCCGAUUGCUAGCCUCGUUGUCCUUUCCAUUUGCCUUUUCAUAAAAUGGAGAAGAAAAAACUGCAAAAAUACAGUAUAUGAAGUUCCUCAGAGCGUCAGUCCAGUCCAAACUCCUACAGAAUGUGUCUCAGAUGUUUCUACAACCUCCACCUAUGCCUUGGUGGCAUUUCACACCGGACCCCGUGAAUCCACUAAGACCAAAAACCCCACCCUGCCAGAGACUGUGUAUGCUUUGGUUCAAAGAGAUGCGAAGUUCCCCCCGAAACCAACACCUAGAGCUUAAAAGCAUUGAUAAGAUAAACAGUAUUUACAGGACUGUGUACAUGAUGCUAAUACUGUAUUUUGCUCAGCCAAAAUGAUUUUUAAACAUCUUGGCACACAAGGAAUGUUAU